UAUAAGAUAAUUUACAAAUUAUCCCAAAGGAAAAAACAAAACGAAGGAUGACACUCCUCUCAUCUCCUCCUUCUCCUCUUUGCAUUUCUUCUUCUUCUUCUUCUUCUUUCAUUUCAAAGCUUUCAUUCUUUUCUUCCGACUCUUUCUCUUGCCUUAAAACUAAACCCUCUGUUCCUUCAACCUCCUCUUGCUUUCUCAAUCCUUCAUCCAUUAAAAUCUCAAAUCUUUUCACCAACCAACAACAAACCAUCACUCUUCACAAUUCUAAAUUUAGGGUUUCUGAAGGUACCUCCCACGACGAGUUAUGGGCUGCUGCUUCUCUCCGCGUCCGCACUUUCAAUCAAUUGCCCCCCGAUUCCUUUGGCAUCCAUGAUCAUAAGAAGUACUUGGCCGAGCAUGAAUUUGAAGCAAUGAAAGAACGUAUUGCGGGGAAAAGGGUUGGGUUUAAAAGAGUAUCUUGCAUAAAUGCUACUCUUCCAUUAUCAGAAAUAUCAACCUUAGCUGAAGAUUUAUGUUCAACAUGUAAGUUUUCUGAUAAUGGAGAAGAUAGAGUUGUUGUUGGGUCACUUGACAUUAAUCAAUGUGUAAGGCUUCCAGACGAAAUAACAGGAAUGAAACCUGAGGGAAUUGGGGCUGAUUUUGCAAGGGCAUACCUGAGUAAUGUAUGUGUUGCUAAGGAACUGCAAAGGAAUGGGUUGGGUUAUGCUCUUAUUGCCAAGGCAAAAACAAUUGCACUAGAUUGGGGGAUAAGCGAUCUAUACGUGCAUGUAGCUUUCAACAACGAAGGUGGAAAGAAGCUUUACAUGAAGAGUGGUUUUGUUUAUGAAAGUGAUGAACCAAGUUGGCAAGCCAGGUUUCUCGAUCGUCCUCGCAGGAUUCUCUUUUGGACUCCUCUCUCUCAAUUUCCCCUAUGAUCAUUUUCCACCACUUUUUCCCCCCAAUUUACUUUAAGUUCUAUUCAUUGUAAAUUUGUAUGUAAUGGACUUUACUCUAUAAAAAAAAUAAGAAGAAGAAGAAGAAGAAUUCAACGUUUAGAGACUUGUAAUACAAUUAUUUUUUUAAUUCAUCAACUCUCAUGUGUGGAUAUACAUACCUAGGAAGAUACGUAAAUAUAUUACACAUAUACACAUUUUGAUAAA